UUGAUAAACCCUCUCUCCGAGCGGCAAGCUAAAGUGAAGAAUUGGUCGAAUUGGUCGAAUUGGUCGCUCAUGGCUUCUGCUAUGGCCACUGGCUUCUGUUCCCAAAAAGGGAUAUUCCCUCGCCCCAAAGGUCUCCCCUUGCUUCGCCCCUUAGUUUCUCCUGCCUUUGUGAGCGUCCGCAGAGCUAGCAGACCGUUUUCAGCGGCAGUAGUAGUAGCGGCGGCGAAGAGUAAUUCCAAUCCUACUGCGGCGGCGAACAAAAGCAGUAAGGAAGAACAAGUGGUGGAAGAAGAGGUGGAAGAGGAUCUACCGUGGAUUCAGGAGAAGGCCUUGGACCUGGUGGAGUUCACCGGCUCCGUCACGCACGCCCUUCCUGGGCCCAGAGUUGGAACCAGCUCUCUCCCUUGGAUUUUGGCUCUUCCUCUCGCUUAUGCCGGCCUCACCUUUGUCGUUGCCCUCGUCAAGACCGUCAACAAGUUCUCUUCCCCUCGCCAUAAACGCAAGAAACUGGUCAAUAAAAAUGCUAUGCUAUGCAUAUCAAUUGAUGAAAUGUUCUCUGACCAAAUCACGCCUGAUGCCCUCAAACAGCUUGUGCAAAAGACAGGUUUUGGCAUGGAGGAGGUUUUGCGCAAGUACAUUCGUUAUACUUUGAAUGAAAAACCAUUCGAUCCCGACAUGGUUUCCAAUUUAAUUCAGCUCAGGAAAGCUUCUUUGUUAGAUGAUUCUCAGGUGGCUGAAAUUCUGAAUGAAAUUUCAAGAAGAAUUGUGCGAGACAAAGGCCCAGUCGUAAUGGAUAUGACAGGUUAUACUGAAAGGGGUUUCAAGAGAAAAUUAGCCGUUCAAGCCCUUUUUGGAAAAGUGUUUUAUCUGUCAGAGCUCCCAGAUUUCUGUUCGAGAGAUAGCUCCUUAAUUGUCAAAGAAAUAUUUGGUGUUACAGAUGAAGAUGCAGACAGAUUACGGAUGCAUACAGCCUCUGAAGCUGGGGAUAUGGAAUCACUAGAGAAGAUGGUUGAUGAUUCAGAUUCUGAAGUUUCUGGCUAGGUCUUCCUGGUUUUAGAUGCAUCAUACCAAUCAGCUCAAACCAUUAUUAUUAUUUUCUUUGGUCUUUUCUCGGGAGCAUGUGGGCAUAAAAAAAAUUUUGUGCGAGCAUCUGUUUGAAUACUGUCACAUAAUGUGCAUAGACUAUUUUUUUUUUAACUGGAAGUUACUGAAUAUCUGUAGACAUAAUAUAGGUCAUUAGGCUUAGCGGUUUUUUC